UUCAACUUACUAUUUAAUGUUUUUUAUUUAUAAGAUUUCUAUAAAAGUAUUAAUCAAUUGCAAAAUAAUAUUAUGAGUGGUAAGCCAAAAACACCCGCUUAUCAAGAAAUUUUAGAAGGUUUCAACAAAUUGAGACAAGAACAACGAGGAAUUGCUUUGAAACUCGCUGAAUUGGAAGCAGAUGUUGCUGAGCAUUCUAUAGUAUUAGAUGCUCUUGAGAAAGUUGACAAAGACCGAAAGUGUUACAGGUUGAUUGGAGGGGUUUUGGUUGAAAGAACUGUCGGUGAAGUAGUUCCUGCUCUCCAGCAAAAUAAAUCUCAAAUAUCUCAGUUAACAAAAGUUUUUAAUAAAAAAUUGUCUGAAAAGGGGAAGGAACUUAACGAUUUCAAAGAAAAACACAAUAUUAAAGUACAAAAUCCAUCUGGAGUGGAAGAGCCAACAGAAGCUGGAAAGACUUCUGCCAAAACUUCAGGUGUUCUCGUAGCAAAUAACUCUUAAUUAAACAAUUAUUUUCUGUAUUGUGUCUAGUCACAAUGA